UAUAUAAAAUCCAUCACUCUCCCUCUCUAUUUCUCCGCUCGCUCCCUUCCCCGUCUUCCUACAUCGCCGCUAUGGAGGCGCUGACGGAGCUCUGUGAUCUCGUGGCACAGAACCCAGAUCUCUUUGCUGACAAGCUAGCCUGGAUUUGCAGCCGCUGCCCUUCUGCGGCAGCGCUUCUGGCAACUCCGAUGGGAGUAAGAUCAGCGCGUGUCACGCGUUCUCAUCUCAACGCCCUCAUUGCCCUUGCUCGCUUUCUCUCCAAAUGCUCCAAUCUACCCGCCGCCGUCUCCAACGUACCAUCCACAGUCCUCGACUUCGUUCGUGCAGUCCCAUUCGUUGCUUUUCGCCUCUCCUUCUGGCCACAGUCGUUCUCCCUCGACAGCAUUUCCGUUUUCUUCUCCGAUCUCCUCAGCUAUCUUUCAAUCGCUGCCGAUCUCUCCCCCUCCCUUGGUUCCGACCUCGCCGUCAUAUUUGGCAACACUGUAGUCUCCGCCGCGACCUGCACUGGUGAUGAGACGGCCAUUGCUCGGGCAUUCCUCUCUGCCGUUGCGCACAAUUGCCCUCCGAUUCUGGCUGGGGACGCUGAGAGACUUUUGGCAUGCCUUCAUGAGCUGUUUGUCCCAGAGGAUGAGGGGAUUUCGUCGUCGGGGUCGGAGAAUUCGAUGUCUUGGGGAUCGAGCAGCCUCUCUAAGGGAAAGGUGAUGGAGGAGGAUCGGGAUGUUGUCGAUGAUGGUUCAAGCGAGAUCUUGUCGGUGGAAAAUGGGGGCAGUGUUGGCGGGAGGAUCAGCGCGGGUUCGAAUGGUGGGGGUGGUGGAGGUGGAUCUGCGGUAGUUCAGGUAGAGCCUGUUGAGGGGUUGGAGAAGUUGGAGAUAGCGUUUAGGUUGGUCCGGCAGGUUCUGGAUAGGGCUGGCAGGAUUAAGGCUGAGCAGUUGGAGCUUUUUCAGAAAGUUGCUGCCAAGCAGCUCAAGUCUUUGCCAUCUUUUCUCAAGAUCCGCAAACGUGAUUGGAAAGAACAAGGCCCACAGUUGAAAGCCAUAAUCAGCGCCAAACUAUCUUGUUGUCAAGCAGCCAUCGAGGUGCAAAUUAAGAGUAUACUUUCUUUAGAUCCAGACGGGAAAGCCUCCAAGGAUGCAUUGCGUAGGACGCUUGCACUGCUCUUAGAUGCUGCGGAAGCUUGUCUAAUCUCUUCUUGGAGGAGGUUGAAAAUCUGCGAGGAUUUAUUCAGUACUCUACUUUAUGGAAUUAGCCAGAUAACGGUUUAUCGUGGAGGCCAGUUACUCCGAGUUUUGAUCAUUCCUCUGAAACCCCUGGUACUUACAACAUGUGCUCAGGCUGAUAUGCUAGGUAACAACCCCGGGGCAAUGUUUGUGGCUGUUACAAAGCUAAGUUGCGAGAUAGUAGAAUUUGGUUGGAGCAAGGACAGGGCUCUUGUUGAUACUUUCAUCAUGGGGUUGGCUGCAUGCAUUCGAGAAAGAAAUGAUUAUGAGGAGCAGGAUGGGAAAGAAAAACAAGCAGUUCCUGCAAUUCAGCAUAAUCUUAUACGUUUGCUGGCUGACUUGAGUGUAACUGUCAAUAAGUGGGAAGUCGUUGAUAUGAUAUUGCCUUUGUUCAUUGAAAGUCUAGAAGAGGGUGAUGCUUCAUCUGCAGGUUUACUGCGUCUACGACUCCUGGAUGCAGUAUCUCAAAUGGCUUGCUUGGGGUUCCAGAAAUCUUAUCGAGAGGCAGUUGUCUUGAUGACACGGAGCUAUUUGGAUAAGGUUAAAAAUUUUGGGAAUGCAGAAAUCAACUCAUUACCCUCAGAAGCUGCCACUGAGAGGUUGGAGACUCUCCCUGCAGGAUUUCAUCUCGUUGCUUCUCGUUUAACUAGCUCAAAACUAAGGGGAGACUAUCGCCACCGUCUUUUGUCUUUGUGUUCUGAUGUUGGACUAGCUUCUGAAUCAAAUAGUGGGAGGAGUGGUGCUGAUUUCUUGGGUCCACUACUUCCUGCUGUUGCAGAAAUUUGCUCUGAUUUUGACCCAGCUACCAGCAUCGAGCCUUCACUUCUUAAAUUGUUCCGGAACCUUUGGUUCUAUAUUGUUUUAUUUGGGCUAGCUCCUCAUGGGCACCAAAAUCAAUUUUCAGCAAAGGGAAUCCCCAACUCAUUGAGUAAUUUGGGGAGUUCGGCUGCAAGUCCACUUCAAGCAGUCACUGGACCAUACACGUCGAUUGGGCAGUGGUUUGGAGCUGUCCAACGCAUAGCACAAGGAACUCCACCUUUGGUUGUGAGCUCAGUUAAGUGGCUUGAAGAUGAGUUGGAGCUGAAUGCCCUGCAUAACCCUGGUAGCCGAAGAGGCAGUAACAAUGAGAAAGCUGCUGUUGGUCAGAGAAGUGUUCUUUCUGCUGCCUUAGGAGGCCGAGUUGAGGUUGCAGCAAUGAAUACAAUUUCAGGUGUAAAGGCUACCUAUCUACUAGCUGUUACAGUUCUGGAGACCAUACGAUUCAGCUGUAAUGGUGGCAUUCUUCCUGCUGAUUCUAUGUCAAAUAUUUCAAGAAGUGCUUUCAGCUGUGUUUUUGAAUAUCUACUCACACCAAGCCUAACACCCGCUGUCUUCCAGAUCUUGAAAGCAAUUGUCUACUGUGCUGCUGAAAUAGCAGUUGCAUGGCUGGAGGAGAGAAUUUCGGAUACUGGAAAAGAAGCAGAUAUAGUGGAACAAGUUCUUUCUGCACAUUCUUGCUUUCUUAUAAGAAAUAUGUCUCAGAGGGAUGAAAAUAUUCGAGACGUCUCUGUCAAUUUGUUAACUCAAUUUAAAGAGAAAUUCCAACAGGUUUUGUGGAACUAUUCUUGUUUGGAUGCACUUCUAUUUUCAGUUCAUAAUCAGUUACCUUCAGCCCAAGUUAAUGAUCCUGCUUUGGUCGCUACUGUUCGUUCUUUAUACCAAAGGAUUGUGCGGGAAUGGAUCACAACAGCACUUUCCUAUGCUCCAUGCACAACCCAAGGCCUGUUACAGGAAUUUCUCUGUAAGCUUAAUGGACUACAAAAAUCACAACAUGCUUCCGACAUUGUUUCUCUGUUGUCUGAAAUCCGAAUUUGUUCUGGGAAAAAUGAUUGUUGGAGUGGGAUCAGGACUGCGAAUAUUCCUGCAGUCAUAGAGGCUUCUGCUGCUGCCUCAGGAGAAAAGAAGAAAGUGUCGGAGGGUUUCAUUUUGGAAGUUUUGUCUACUGCAGUUGUGAGUGCAACAGUGAAGUGUAACUAUGUUGGUGAGAUUGUUGGUAUGAGAAGGCUGUACAAUAAUAUAGGUGGUUUUCAUUUAGGCAUGAUGAGUUUAGGAACUGGUCCUUCUCCACAAUCUCAAGUAGUUUCUUUUAAUGAGAUUCUCCUGGCAAAAUUUGUCCAGCUUCUUCAACAAUUUGUCGGCACUGCAGAGAAAGGUAUUGCUGUGGAUAAAUCUUUGUUUCGAGAAACCUGUUCGCAGGCUACUGCAUUACUACUUUCGCACAUGGCUUCUGAGUCUAGAUUGAAAAUAGAAGGCUUCUCACAGCUAUUACGACUUCUUUGUUGGUGCCCUGCUUACAUUUCAACACCAGAUGCAAUGGAAACAGGAAUAUUUAUUUGGACAUGGCUUGUCUCUUCAGCACCUUCCUUUGGGCCACUUGUUCUUGCAGAACUUGUUGAUGCAUGGCUUUGGACAAUAGAUACAAAACGUGGUUUAUUUGCUUCAGCAAUGAGAAAUUCUGGCCCUGCUGCAAAGUUAAGGCCUCACCUCAUUCCUGGGGAACCAGAGCCACAGCCUGAGAAGGAUCCUGUUGAAGGAUUGAUGGCUCAUAGACUCUGGCUUGGUUUUUUCAUUGACCGCUUUGAGGUAGUUCGGCAUGAUAGUAUGGAACAACUUUUACUAUUUGGCCGAAUGUUGCAAGGAACGAUGAAAUCACCAUCUCAAUUUUCACAACAUCCCGCAGCUGCUGGAACUUUCUUCACCGCUAUUCUACUUGGAUUGAAAUUUUGCUCAUGUAAGUCACAGAGCAAUCUCCAGAACUGUAAAAUGGGGCUUCAGCUGCUAGAAGAUCGGGUUCUUCGUGCUUCAUUGGGCUGGUUUGCGUGUGAGCCAGAAUGGUAUGAAUCAAAUGAUAAGGGUUUUGCACAGAGUGAGGCUCAGUCUGUUUCAUUAGUUGUUCAUCAUCUUUUGAAUGAGAAAACAGACGCUGCUUCAACUUCUUCAAUUGAUUCAUCUUUGAGAGGCAAAGGAUGUGAUAGUGAAUUGAAUAACUUGACAGAUCUAUAUCAUCCUGUCUGGGGACAUAUGGAUAACUAUGCUUCUGGAAGAGACAAACGGAAGCAGUUGCUUGCUAUGCUAUGCCAGCAUGAGGCUGAUAGGCUUGAAGUGUGGGCACAACCUUUAAAUACAAAAGAUAACACAUCCUUUCGCAAUAAAGUUAGCUCAGAAAGAUGGGUUGAACAUGUGAGGACUGCAUUUUCGGUUGAUCCUCGAAUUGCUUGCUGCCUGACAUCAAGAUUUCCUACAAAUUCAUUUAUGACAGCUGAAGUAACACAGUUGGUUCAGGCGAACAUAUUAAACCUACGAACAAUACCUCAAGCGUUGCCCUUUUUUGUGACUCCAAAGACAGUUGAGGAGAAUUCAGUACUGCUGCAGCAGCUGCCACACUGGGCUGCCUGUUCAAUCACACAAGCUUUAGAAUUUUUUACCCUUCCAUUCAAGGGUCACCCACGGGUCAUGGCUUAUGUUCUUAGAGUUUUGGAGUCUUAUCCUCCAGAACGAGUUACCUUCUUUAUGCCGCAACUAGUUCAAGCUCUCCGAUAUGAUGAAGGCAAAUUAGUGGAAGGAUACCUUCUUGGAGCUGCUCGACGAAGUAAUGUCUUUGCUCACAUUCUAAUAUGGCAUCUUCAGGGUGAGUCUUGUGCUUCAGAAUCUGGAAAGGAUGGGGCGCUUCCUAUGGGUAAUUCCUUCCAAGCAAUGCUUCCUAUUCUGCGACAAAAGAUUAUUGAUGGUUUUACUCCUGAAGCACGUGAUUUGUUUCAAAGAGAAUUUGAUUUUUUCGAUAAGGUCACCUCUAUAUCUGGUGUUUUAUAUCCUCUACCGAAGGAAGAGCGCCGUGCUGGUAUUAAAAGAGAGCUUGAGAAAAUUAGUGUCGAAGGUGAUGACCUUUAUCUACCAACUGCUACAAAUAAACUUGUUCGGGGCAUUCAAUUGGAUAGUGGCAUUCCUCUUCAAUCAGCAGCAAAAGUUCCUAUAAUGAUUACAUUCAAUGUUGUGGACAAGUAUGGUGAUCCGAAUGAUGUAAAGCCGCAGGCUUGCAUUUUCAAGGUUGGAGAUGAUUGUAGACAAGAUGUUCUUGCACUCCAAGUGAUUUAUCUACUUCGGGAUGUGUUUGAGGCAGUAGGGCUAAAUCUAUAUCUAUUCCCUUAUGGUGUAUUACCCACUGGGCCAGAGAGGGGUAUAAUUGAGGUUGUUCCAAAUACAAGAAGUAGAAACCAAAUGGGGGAACUGACCGAUGGUGGGUUGUUUGAGAUAUUUCAACAAGACUAUGGGCCUGUAGGAACCCCCAAUUUCGAAGCUGCCCGUGAAAUGUUCAUGAUCAGCAGUGCUGGUUAUGCUGUUGCCAGCCUUCUACUUCAGCCGAAGGAUCGUCAUAAUGGCAAUCUUCUUUUUGACAACAAGGGAAGGCUCGUCCAUAUAGAUUUUGGGUUUAUACUUGAAACUUCUCCUGGUGGCAACAUGCGGUUUGAAAAUGCUGACUUCAAGCUUAGUCAUGAGAUGACCCAAUUGCUUGAUCCUUCAGGAACGAUGAAAAGCGACACUUGGAAUCAAUUUGUCAGGCUGUGCGUGAAAGGCUAUCUUGCUGGGCGGCGACACAUGCAUGGUAUUUUGACGACGGUGCUUCUGAUGGUGGACAGUGGACUUCCAUGCUUCAGCAGAGGAGACCCAAUUGGGAAUCUCCGAAAGCGAUUUCAUCCGGAGAUGAAUGAACGAGAGGCUGCUAAUUUCAUGAUCCGUACCUGUAUGGAUGCCUAUAACAAGUGGACCACCGCCGGCUAUGAUCUCAUACAGUAUUUGCAGCAAGGCAUCGAGAAAUAGGUUCACGUUCAUCCCUCCUUUUCUUCCCUGCUUUAAUCGAAAGCUUUUCCUAUUAAAUAUUUUCUUUUUCUGCCCUAUUUUCUUGUUUGGUAUUGAGCGGCUGAUUCUUCGAUUUGAGUUCUUCAAUUUUAUCUGCGCGUAACAUUGUCAUGCAAGGGAAGAUCAUCUACCAGAGAUAUACUCGUUUGAUAUGGAUUUUGUUAAGAAAAGUUAAGAACAAUGUUCGUUGAUAAUGAUAACAAUUAGCUUGACGGAAUAAAGUGAUGGAAUCCCUAUCAAAUGAGAUGAAGGAAAAUGAAAAAGGAUUUAGGUUU